AUGGAUUCUCAUGCAAAGUCGUCCAGGCUCCCGUUGAUCGAGUUUAACGAGAAGAGCCUGACUCCGGGCACAACCUCCUGGAAAUCAACCUCGGACUCUGUCCGAGAGGCCCUUGAAUCGUACGGGUGUUUUGUGCUAGCUCACCAUGAACUCGGCCCGGAUCUCCAAAAUCGUGCAUUCGACUUCACGAAGGAUUUAUUCCGCCUCCCGUAUGAAACUAAAAGUAGACAUGUGUCCCAACUUCCGGGGUUCGGUUAUGGCGCGAAUUUCCCUGUCAUGCCCCUGUUUGAGUACUUUGGAGUCGAGGGUUGUGAGACUCCUGAAGGCGCCAAAAAUUUUACCAACCUCAUGUGGCCCGAUGAUGGGCAUAACAAAUUUUGUGAGACCAUACACUCGUAUUCCAAGCUUUUAUGGGAAUUGAAUAAUGCGGUUGUCAAGAUGGUGGCUAGCAGCUACAAUUUGGAAAAAUGUUACGAUCGUUUAACUCAAUCGUCCAUUUACAUGACGAGGCUGAUGAGGUACCAUGCGCCGGGUGAGAGCAAGAGCCAUAUUGGUAUCAUACCACAUAGGGACAAGAGCUUUAUGGCCGUGAUCGGUACAAAUGAAGUUGAGGGCUUGCAAAUCGAAACUCGCGAUGGCAAUUGGAUUGAGUACGAGCCAUCUCCUGGGAAAUUUGUCGUCAUAGUAGGCGAAGCACUUACGGCAUGGAGCAAUGGUAGAAUAUAUUGUCCCUUGCACAAAGUCAUUGCAAGAGGGGCGAAAGAGAAAUACUCGAUCGGGAUUUUCUCUUUCGUUGGAGGUACACUGCAAGUACCGGAUGAGCUAGUCGAUGAAGAAAAUCCGUUGAGAUUCAGAGCAUUCAGCAAUUUGGAGUUUCUCAACUACUGCAAGGAAGGUGGGGCAACCAUGAAAGGAGCCAUUCAAGCAUAUUGUGGAAUUUGA